GCAGCUGGAUGAGGACGCACUAAGAAUCGUCUCUAACCGAAAACCGAAAACCCCCCGAGAAGCCUAUCGGAAGCUAGUUUGUUAGUCAUUCAGUCGGUCGCGCGCGUGUAUUCAAACCAAGCGAAAAUCUAGCCGUUUUUCGUUUGUUUUGUUGUGCGUUUGUGGCAAAGAGUUGUGCGAUUUAUUCAUCAUCUGAAGCGAUUCGACCCCGUAUGAUGAGUAGUGUCUGCGUAGCAUCAACGGAUCUCGAGUGUGGUCAAGUGGGUUACAAGCCGUAGAAGCGAUUGUGCUAUUGAUAAAUCGGUCGAGAAAUUAUUCGUGAGAAACGCACGCAAGUGUACGGGUGCAGUGCAAUGAUAUCAACGAGUGCCUUUAUCUUAUUAACGUCUGUGAUAACGCUGGUGGUUUGUGGCCAGUCGAACUCGAGCCAACCCCAAAACAAGACCGGUUCGGUACCUCGGGCCGAGAGUGACAACGAAGAGAAAUUUGAGCAAUAUGCGAGGAUUUUCCCACUGUUACAUCACAAAGGUUCUUCGCAGGACGAAGAAAAAAACCGCCUCGGGCGGCUGAGUAUAAGCUAUGUUCUGGAUGGGGUGAAUGUGACGCUGGAUUUGAGUCUAAAUGAGGAAAUGAUUCCCGAGGAGCAUUUCGUCAGCGUGCAGGACAACGGCCAGGACAGGCCAAGAAAGCUGGCAAUGCAUGAGGUGGAGCUGUGUCACUACCAUGGUAUCAUCCGCGGUCAACCAUCAUCGUACGUGGCCCUCUCCGCCUGCGACGACGGCAUCAGUGGAGCCGUGUACGACCACGAAGUAACCUAUCUUCUGGAGUCGGAACAAACCAGCUCGGGAUGGGAACACUUCGUAUACAAACAGCGCCACCAGGCACGCGCAGAACGGACGAAGCGCGCUCUGGAGUCUCCCCAAGCGGCCGCACCACCAUCACAAUCCUUCCAGGUGGCGUACCGCUCCAACCGGGCGUCCAACUACGUCGAGCUGGUGCUGGUGAUCGAUCGGAGUCUCUACCGCACCACGGCCAACGUGCAGCGGAUCCACCGCUACUGUCUGGAUCUGGUGAAUGCGAUGAAUGCCAUCUACCGGCCGCUCAAUAUCUACAUCGCACUCGUCGGGGUCGUCAUCUGGUCCGACCAGGACCCGAUCGAGAUCAGCAAGGAUUCGAAGAAGACGCUGGAGAAUUUCCUGCACUACCGGAGGAGCACGCUGCUGAAGAUGAUUCCCCACGAUAAUGCCCAUCUGCUGACGGCGGUUCAUUUCGCCGACAGCAUUGUGGGGAAGGCGGAGAUGGGUUCGAUGUGCACGUUUGCCGGCUCGGGCGGAGUGGAAGUGGUGGAUACCAACUUUGUGCCACUGCAGGCCAGCACGAUAGCUCACGAGAUGGGGCACAAUUUUAACAUCGACCAUGACGGACCCGAAUGUAGCUGCCCCAGCGGGAGUUGUGUGAUGGCAUCGAAGACUGUUAGGAGUCAGGCAGCGCCUCACCGGUGGAGCUCGUGCAGCGUAGAACAUCUUGAAACGGCCCUGAAACACGGGCUGGGAUCCUGUUUAAAGAACAAACCGGUGAAGAUGUUUGUGAGGAGUACCUGCGGGAAUGGUCUGGUGGAACCCGGCGAAGAGUGUGACUGCGGAUUGCCGCAUGUGUGCGACACCAAAUGUUGCGAUCCGAGCACCUGCCAACUGACGGUGAACGCAACGUGUGCCGCGGGAGAGUGCUGUGACUUGGAGGACUGUAAGCUGAAGUCGGCGGGAGUAAGUUGUCGGAUGGCAGUGGGCGAAUGUGAUCUUCCCGAGUAUUGUGAUGGACAGACGGCCGUUUGUCCGAAGGAUGUGUACCUGAGGGAUACGGAGCCGUGUGCCAGUGGAAGGGCGUUUUGUUACGGAGGACAGUGCCGGACGCGCGAUAGCCAGUGCAAGGUUCUCUGGGGCCCUACGGCAAAAUCGAUAGAUGAUUAUUGUUACCAGACAAACCGGAACGGUUCGAUCUUUGGAAACUGCGGAAAUGAUCUACUGACCGGGGAGUACACGAAGUGCGGCCAGGAAGAUAUGUUAUGCGGCUUGCUGCACUGUAGUCAUAAAAAUGAGAAGUUGGAUUUUGGUAUGCAGGCGUACUCCAAACUAACAACGACCAAGUUCAGCCAUUACGGUCCACGGGGAACCGUGAGGGAGACCAUAUGUAAUACAGCAAUAGUAGAUUUAGGUUUAGAAGUAGCCAAUCCUGGGCUGGUCCCGGAUGGAGCGAAAUGUGGCUCCGGGAAGAUGUGCUGGAAUCAGAGAUGCGUAUCGCUAACACAUCUUCAGGAGAAUGACGUUGGGGAAGAUUGUGCCGAAGGUUGCAGAGGUCAUGGCGUUUGCAACAGUGAAGGCAACUGUCACUGUGAUGAAGGCUACGGAGGCCAGUUCUGUGAACAAUCCGGCCAAGGUGGAUCAAUAGACAGUGGGCCAAUAGUUGAUCCAAAUUCUACCGAGAGAACCACGAUUGCUCUGUAUAUUUCCUUCACAGUAUUAUUGUUCAUAGGGAUCGGCGGAGUCCUGUACUUCUACCGAUACGUACUUACGGAGUAUUUGAGAAACCUGUUGGUGAAAUUCCGUAUGCGAAAAUACGGACACAUUGUACCACCGGCGUCCCCAACGAUGAUAGCACCCGCGAAGCCUCCUCGGUUGGACAUUUCCGCUCCAACGCUCAUCAGCACAAUGACCACCAACAAUAUGUAUACAGCAACGAAAGUCGAUCCACCCCCGUUAACGAGAUCUGCUCCAGCGCCACCCACUCUAGAACCUGCUCAACAUUUCAUCAAAGUCAACAUCAACAACCACGGCAAGGUUACCAUCGAGAAUAAGGUAGUUAAUUCACCAUUUCUGCUAAGCUCACCUUUGCUGGACACACACGAAGCCAUUCACGAGAUUAAAAUCAAAGGUGUUCCGGCGAUACUUAGCCAGCGUACGAUCAGCGUUGAUUCCAACGACCCACUUCUGGAUGAGAAUCCAAAACCAGUGGUCGAAACUCCACCCAUUCUCGCCAGCCCUGAUCUAGAUCUGGGCACCCUGCUGAGUCAGGUGAAGCUGAAGAAAGUACAAGAUUUUCAGAAUCAACGAUCGAAAAGUGACGAAAAACCAUCCCGUCGCUUGCCUCAGCUACCACGACAAAAGACUAUCGGGGAGUUCCAGAAUGUGAUCGCGGAGGUUCACCCAAAACGAAGUCCAGCAACGGAAGAACCCCCUCCGAAUCCAUUCGGGGAAGUAACCCUGAAAAAGGUAAAGCCUCGAACACCCCACCUGAGCCGCGAAAAUCUCGACGAAAUCGUGGAGGAGAGUGAUCGAUCUGUCGGAUUGGUAAAACCAGUCCAGAAACCUGAUCUCAAUCGACCCAAACCAAGUCUACCUCAGAAACCCGUGCAGCAUCAACCCAUAGACAAUCACAUCGGAGGUGAACACCAGUCAGCACCGCCCACAUCGGCCAUCAAGCCGAAACCUGCCAGGAGACUGCCACAAGUUCCACCGUUGAAAGCCAACGGCAAUCGACCACCGCUCGCCCGGAGGCCUGCCGUAAGCGAGGACGCGGAACCUUCCAGCGCGAGCGGCAGCAGCGUCGCUGCACUGAAAGCUAAACUAAAUCUAGCACAAAUCGCCGGUGGGAUCAAGCGAUGAUACGAUCCAGCGGUGGGAUAGUUUUUUGAAUAUUUGUAUUUAACGUAGUUGGAAUUUGUUGAGCUUUGACACACACACAACUUUUGUACCGUUGGAAACAUUUGAUAUUGUUAUUUUGUGAUUUGUGACGAAACGAUACUUCGGAGAUGUGCCGUAAUUAGGUUGUAAGAAACUCUCAUGUCAUUAGGAGUGACCAAUAUUUAGACUGCUUGCAAUAAUUAGGUACUUAACGGUGCAUAUCGAAUACAGAAACUAGUCAAUUAAUUAGGAACACCCAAACCAGCGUUUGCUUU